AUGGGAGUCAUUCAAGUUACUUUUGGCGAGAAUGUAGAUGACAUCCAGCAGCUAUUUAGGGAGAUGAUUGCAAACAGCUCGGCGUCGGCUACCAUAGCUCUUCGCCACGCGCUGCUAGCAUUAUGCUUUCAAUACUUAGCCAUUACUCCAAAUGCUAUUUAUCAUCAAAAUCGGUCGAUAAAAGGCUUACAGAGUGCUAUGGAGAAAUCAUUGCCGUGGGAUCACGAAGAAGCUUUCCCAAUGGUAGCAGUUAGUAUGCUACUCAGUUUGUACGAGAUGGAAAACGGCGAAUCUUCACUUCGCUGGGCUAUAUUUUUCAGCGGUACUAAGAGAAUCCUUGACACCAUCUACAAUCCGGAGGAGACUUACGAUGGCAAUGCAGCAAUUAUCAUGGACUGGAUCUUGUAUUGCUCCACCAUGUAUAAAUUCAGUGUUCUUCAUUGGCUUCGAAUAGACGAAUUGCAAACGUGGCUGGAGAGACAGAAGAAAGUAAUAUCAAAGCCUCUCCACUCGGCUCGCCGCCAAUUUAUCUUGCCCUCUUGGGGAUGCUCUCUAGAGCUAUUGGAUAUUCUACACGACAUUUUCAACGACGUCCACGAUCGAGAUACCGAACAGUACAAUUCUCCAGAGCACACUGCGAGAUUAAAUACCCUUGAAUGGCGACUACGAUGCCUGAGCCAACGUGAAGAGCACGAUAUCCCAAGCGCGAAUGCACCAUCGUACAACAGUCGAGCAGCAGAGUUCUACCGACUAAAUGCGCUACUUUAUCUCGAACGAGUUGCCCGUGGCAGUCCCCGAGACGCCCAAAAGGUUGUUGAGCUUGUGACAGAAGCCUAUACACUACUGGAUUGCAUGGAGACUUUCGAUCGUCCUUGGCCGCUCUUUGUCUUGGCCCUCGAAGCAUCAACGGAAGACAAACGACGGACAGUAUUGCAGGUAAUAGAGUCAGUGUUAGAGCGCCUACCCUUACGAAAAUGGGUGAUGCUACGAAGAAUGGUACAGCAGGCUUGGGGCCAGAGCGAUUUGGCCGACUUUCAGAGUUUAGAUGCACUGGUUUUAUAUAGAUCAGUGAUGAAUGUGCACCGUGUGCCACCUUCUUUUAUCUAA